GAGCAUGUACCAGAGCCCCGCGCGCUGCCUCUGCUCGGCGCUGCCCGCCCUCUGCUGCGCCCCCGCCUCGGCCUCCCUCCUGCCGCCGCGGCCCCGCGCUCCCCCCCUGCCGCCCCUCGGCCCCGCCGCUCCGCGGGCAGCAGCAGCGGCGGCCGGCGGCCCGCCCGCCCCGGGGGCGCCGCCCCGCACAGUGUGUUCCAUGGGAAACAGCACCAGCCGGCUCUACAGCGCGCUCGCCAAGACGCUGAGCAGCAGUGCUGUGUCCCAGCACCAGGACUGCCUGGAGCAGCCGGACUCAGCACGGCUGGAUCCUAUAGACCCCAAGGAUUUGCUGGAGGAAUGUCAGAUCAUUCUGCAGAAACGGCCACCCCGGUUUCAGAGGGACUUUGUGGACCUGAAGAAAAACGCUGCCAGUAACCACCGCCCCAUUCGGGUCAUGCAGUGGAACAUCCUUGCCCAAGCUCUCGGAGAAGGCAAAGACAACUUUGUUCAGUGCCCCAUGGAAGCUCUGAAAUGGGAAGAGAGGAAGUGCCUCAUCCUGGAGGAAAUCCUUGCGUACAAGCCUGACAUCUUGUGCCUGCAAGAAGUCGACCACUACUUUGACACCUUUGAGCCACUCCUCAGCCGACUCGGCUACCAGUGUACUUUCUUCCCGAAGCCGUGGUCCCCGUGCCUAGACGUGGAGCAGAACAACGGGCCAGAUGGCUGCGCCUUGUUUUUCCUCAAAGACCGCUUUGAGCUCAUCAACAGCGCUAACAUCCGGCUAACCGCCAUGAAGCUGAAGACCAACCAAGUGGCCAUAGCUCAGACGCUGAAGUGCAAUGAAACUGGAAGACUGUUCUGCAUUGCCGUCACUCACCUGAAAGCCCGUACUGGCUGGGAGAGGUUUCGGUCCGCGCAAGGCUGCGAUCUUCUCCAGAACCUGAAGGCUAUUACCCAAGGUGCGAAGAUCCCUCUGAUCGUCUGCGGAGACUUCAACGCGGAGCCAACUGAGGAGGUCUACAGAGAAUUUUCCAACUCCAGCCUCAACUUAAACAGUGCGUACAAGCUGCUGAGCCCUGACGGGCAGUCAGAGCCCCCAUACACCACCUGGAAGAUCCGGCCCUCGGGAGAGUGCCGGCACACGCUGGAUUAUAUCUGGUAUUCCCAGCAUGCCUUGAAUGUGAACUCAGCCCUGGGCUUGCUGACUGAAGAGCAAAUCGGGCCCAACAGGCUGCCAUCAUUCAAUUACCCUUCCGAUCACCUGUCUCUGGUGUGUGACUUUAGUUUUAAUCAAGACCCUGACAGACUGCUGUGAUGUGUUGGAAUGCCACCUGGUAUUGCAGUGUCUUAACUCACCACUGUUUUAUUUUAGAGAAAACUUUUGAAGCUGGAAGCUAUUGAAGGAUGAGGAAAUACUGUUGACUAAACAUUAUUUCAGGCACUUGUUUGGAGUUACACUUGCCGUUCAGCGCUUGUUAAUCUGGAGCCUCCAAGGGAGGAAUAAUGGAGUCAGUGUUCUCGUUGUGGUGUUCUUGCCAUGUCAGGGUUUGAAAACCAGAAGGCAAAUGAGCUUUAUCCCUUCACUAACCCCCAUGUUUAAGGAUUUAAUCCUCUAAUGAAUGUGGAGGCCUUAGUAUUUACAUCAAAACACUUGUGUUUGUAAAACAACUUGCCCUGACAGCAUGCUGAUUUUAUUUAUUUCAUGUUAAGCUUGUGCAAGUACCAAAGGGAACGAGGCUCAACUGCUCAGUGAGAUUCUCUUAAAUCUUUUUCUGUGGCAAUACAAAGGAAGUUUAAUGCAGUUUAGACAUGAACAAAUCUAAGCUCAUACUAGUGUUGUCUUCUCAUUUUUACAUGACUCGAGAUGACGAUUUCAUUAAAAGUGAAUGGAUAAUAGCGCAGUGUGAGGAAGGCCCCCUCCAGUAAGAGCAGGUGAGGAAAUAGAGGCUAUGUCAUAUAGUAAUAUCCUCACUUUUCUAGAUGAAUGUGCAUGUGUCCAUUACACGCAUACGGCCUGUAGGUAUGUAUCCACAGUGAGUGUGAUCUUUGUCUCUUCUGUGCUUCCCACCAGAGGACACACCUAACCAGGGAGUAUUUCCUCCUCUGCUUCAAGUAUUACUUUUCUAAAUGGUUUAAAUUUGUAGUCUUGUCAAUCUUGCUGUUUCAGUAAAGGGCCAGUCUUCAUGUUGAAAGACUUUCUUUUAUUUAUCUUCAGAAUCUAAAGCUACACUGGAACUUGUUAAAAGAUAAAAUUUAUUUAUUGCGAGAAGUUGGUGAUCCUGCACCUGACUUGAAAUCAUAGAGCAACAGUGUUCAGGAGCCUCUUUCCACGGCCCAGGGGAACUCUGGCUAAGCACCUAGGCUACAACAGAGCUGUGUUAGCAUAGUAGUAACUCUUGUGCGUGGAGUGGUGCUCAUUGGUAUGACAUAGGUAUUGCAUAUAUGGAUUGUAAACAUGGCACUAUGCUGGAAAAUGAGGUGGGGAGAGAGGAGGGAAGAGAGACAACAGUUGGAGUUGUGCUGACAUUUAGACAGUUGGGAAAGAUGAGGCAGAGCAAAUAUAGCAGUACUUCCAUGUAAAGUAAGGCCCGUAGUAACUCUUAAAUGUUCCAGGUGUUUAUUAAUAAAAGUCUUUGGAAAAAAAAGUAAUGUCUCUGCUGUUCAUUUCCCUGUCAUAAGUAGGUGAUCUGUCUCAACUAGUGACUGUUUGAGCUUCAAGUUAGCGGUGAUGCUACCCAUUCCAGACCUCUUCCCCCCGACCUCGCAGUCCUAAUCUUACAAGUUGGCACGGCUGCUUUGCUUUCACGGCAAGUGCUCUUUCUCAAACUUGAAAUGCCCAAACUCC